AUGGUGACAUCUACUCCGGUGUCUUUGAUCUCGACAUGCCUCGAAGCUUCUAGGCAAUCCCUCCGACCUCGGCUCUUCUUCCGUUCAUUCCACAGCUCUGUUGCGGCGGCCAAGACGCCCGAUGUCUUCGCCAACAGCCUCCGCAAGACCUUAGAGGCGCAUCGGUCCACCAAUCGGGCUCGGCUAAUUCGAAAAACAUACUCCAAAGAAGAUUCUCUGGGACUGUGGCGCCCUGAGGUCCCAGUGGAGAGUCGCGCGGGCUACCAACCGCCGACAGAGCCAGCUCUACCGACAGCGGAAUACUCGCCAGAUGCCCCCAAACCGACGUCUAAGAAGCGCCAAAGCAGGCGGAAAGAUGAUGCCAAUGCACCGCCUCGUCAGACGCCAAUCGAUCGAGCUGGAGAAGACGCGAUUCAAAGGGCUGGGAAGGGGCGCCCAGCACAAUCUCCAUGGCUGAAAGGUCUGGAGCUGCCUCGCGCUAGUGGCGAGACAUUCUUGGACAUCGAGAUCCGCGCACUAGAUCAGUAUCUCAUGCCAACUUCCCAGGAGACAGAUCAGAUUGAAAGGCUUCGGGCAGAGGUGGCCUCACUUCUUGAAGCAGUAGUUCCGCACGCGCCCAGAAAUAUUGGAUCGCACUGCACCGGUCUUGCUCUGGCACACUCUGAUAUCGACUUCGUUUUACCAUUUGAGGACCUACCACGGUCACCAGAUCGUGAUCGGAAACCUAGUCCCACCCGGCCUCAGAUUCAAGAUGCCCAUAUCCGCCUCCUCCGCCAGGUUGAGAGAACCCUGCAGCAUACUGAUGCGUUCAAUGGCCAAGUGCAACUAUCUGAUAAGCGCAAUCCUGCCCUAUCAGCUCGACACCGGCCAACGGGACUCUUGCUCCAAUUUUAUUGUGGUGAGGGUAUUCCUGCCAUUACAGAGUAUCUGCAGGAUUACCAGGCCGAAUAUCCCAGCCUCCGACCUCUGUAUACCGCAGCGCGUACACUACUAGAGUCGCGCGGGCUUUUCGGCUCACCGCAAGCGAGUAUUGGACCAGAUGGGCUCGCCAUGCUGAUCGUGGCCUUCCUGAAGAUGAACCAUGGCUGUUUCACAGGGCCCAAUCGCCUGGGUGACCAAUUUCUUGCUCUCAUGCACUUCUACGGCACUGAAGUUGACCUCCAGUCCGUCGGCUUCGCAGUUGAUCCUCCUGGACUCUUCGGCGCGAACAUAAUAUCGACUACCUCGGACGUUGACGAACCCGCCCACCAGCGCGGUCAACGUUCUCUUAUCAAUACGAAGCGUACCGCAGCAGCAAAAGGAAACCAUCUGGUCGCGCACCGGCUGUGCAUACAGGAUCCAACCCAUUAUAUGAACGACCUGGGCCGCUCAUGCACUCGCACAUCUGAACUGCAGGGCGCUUUCAUGGCUGCGCACCAGCAACUUCGUCAAGCAUGCGACAAUUGGGCAAGUGAUGGCCAAAAUAAGAAUUCGAGUAUUCUUACGACUGCCCUACAUGCCAAUUUUGAUACCCUGGAGAAAAUCCGCAAUCAACUCGUCUAUCUAGGUGACCAUUCCUAG